UCAGUCAGCACCGCAAAUAUGUGUUCCAAUAAUAACGAAAAUCUUCCUAUCGAACAAUUAGCUGCUAUGCAACAACAACAAAUUCAACGCUUAGAGGAAUUGUUAGUUUCUCACUUACCACCCUCUUCAACUUUGGGCCCACCUUUUGAUGAUCACAUGGAUGACAGCAACGGUGCAACCUCUCUCCACUCCAUUGGUAUUCAUCCUACCUACAAUUGGACACCCUCGUCCAUCCUCUCUGAGGUUUUGUCUUUGGAUAAGGCUAUUUUUACUACACCAGCCCUCUCAGAUGACCAACGUGUAAAAAUCAUUGAGCGAUAUCCGACCAUGGAAAAUGUUCAAUAUCAACCGCCGGAUACAAUUCCAGAUGCUGCUCAUCGUAUGAAACCACCAUAA